AACAGAACCUCCCUAACGGCUAAUUUUCACCUCUCUCUCUCUCUCUCUCUCUCUGCUUUUGGCAAGCACAAGAAAACAGAGACUCAAAAAAGCUACAGGCGCACCACUCCCUCCUCAAAAAAACAUGAACCAAAUUGGACCCAUCUCUCUCCCUUUAAUCUUAGACCAUCUUAGCACCAGACAUCCUGCGCAAAUCUCGCAGGCAACUUACGGCAAACACUCACAACCCUUUGCCCGAAAAAGGAGCAAGAAAAAACUCUUUUUUUUUUUUUUUGUUUCCCUUGUUUUCUUCAUCUCUUCUGAGUCUAACGCAACGCCAAAUUUGAUGUAAUGUGAUAGUGAUAAACCAAAAGUAGACCCAUUCUCCCAAUCUGGGUAGGAUCCUAGAUUCGGGUUAAUGGGUUGCGUUAGCUCCAAACGGACAUUGUCGGUGGCCGCUGCCUCCCCAGUUUUAGACUAUUCCUAUGCACCAACUUCGUUGCCUGUUAACGACCAUGGCUCGGUGAGGUCUUCAAGAUAUCCAUCUGGGUAUUUAAAUUUUGAUCAGAAACACAUAAAGGAUAAGAAAGAUGGAAGCAGACGCAAAAAGAGUAGUUAUGACAUUGAUAACAGUAAUCAGGAGGAGGCAAAGGAAGAUCAAGAUGGUAGUCAGCAAGGCAAAAAAAUCAAGAGAAGGAGCUCUAGCGGAAAUAGUGGACCCAUUAAUCUCAAAAUGGGAUUCUCCCAGAGGCACGUUGGAGCUGAGCAGAUCGCUGCCGGGUGGCCCAACUGGCUUAGUUCUGCAGCUGCAGAAGCGAUUCAUGGUUGGGUCCCUCUACGAGCUGAUGCUUUUGAGAAAUUAGAGAAGAUUGGACAAGGCACAUAUAGCAGCGUGUUCCGAGCACGUGAGGUUGAGACUGGAAAGAUGUUUGCACUGAAGAAGGUGCGCUUUGACAAUUUUCAGCAAGAGAGCAUUAGGUUUAUGGCACGCGAAAUACUGAUUCUCCGAAGGCUUGACCAUCCAAACGUCAUAAAGUUGGAGGGAAUAAUUACUUCUCGAUUGUCAAGUAGCAUAUACCUUGUAUUUGAAUACAUGGAACAUGAUCUUGCUGGACUAUCAUCUUCUCCAGACAUCAAGUUCAGUGAGUCACAGGUCUGCUCAUCUCCCUUAUUAAACAAUUUUCUAUUUUUCAAUACACUAUGGUCAAUGUUCCAAAAUAACUUCAGAUUCAUUUCAUCUUUAUCAUCUGAUUUGAUUUCUGUACAGGUGAAGUGCUACAUGAAGCAACUAUUAGAAGGGAUCGAGCACUGCCAUUUGCGAGGUAUAAUGCAUCGGGAUAUUAAGGUGUCCAACAUUUUGGUCAACAAUGAAGGAAUUCUAAAAUUGGCAGAUUUCGGAUUGGCAAAUGUUCUUAACUUGAAGAACCAGAAUCAGCUAACCAGUCGUGUGGUGACUUUAUGGUACCGCCCUCCUGAACUCUUGAUGGGCUCAACCAGUUAUGGUGUGUCAGUGGAUCUCUGGAGUGUGGGCUGUGUAUUUGCAGAACUUCUCAUUGGAAAGCCUCUCCUCAAGGGGAGAACUGAGGUUGAACAAUUACACAAAAUCUUCAAGCUUUGUGGUUCUCCUUCUGACGAGUACUGGAAACAGUCUAAGCUUCCUAAUGCUGCCAUGUUUAAGCCCCAUCAUCAUUAUGAAAGUUCGCUUCGAGAGAGAUUUAAAGAUUUUCCAACAACUGCUGUGGACUUGAUAGAAACUUUUCUUUCCAUAGAACCGGAAAAGCGUGGGACUGCCUCUGCUGCCCUUUUGUCUCAGUACUUCAACACAAUGCCAUAUGCUUGUGACCCGUCAAGCUUGCCAAAGUAUACACCUAACAAAGAAAUGGAUGCUAAAUAUCGAGAAGAAGCACGGAGGAAAAUGGCUGGCUGUAGAACAAGGGAUCCAAGAGAACCAAGAAAACCAAGAAAAGCCAAUAGAAAAUUGCAAAAUCGCAACACUAACAAUAAACUUGGACCAAAAGAGGAAGUGAAAGAGAAUACUCCAAUUGUUCCAAAGAGCAAUGAAGGUAAUGCUCAAAUGAACAAGAGCAGAGGAGGUGUGAGCAGAGAACUAAGUUCUUCAUUUGACACAAACCCGGAGACUUCCGAAGGAACAAAAGGGGACUACGUUUUCUCAGGACCGGCACCAGUCAUAGCAUCAGGUGGCUUUGCAUGGGCAAAAAGGCGGAAAGAGCAUGCUACAUCCACAUUGUCUUGCGAUCAAUCUAUCUCAAUGAGUCAAAUUAAUGCAUUAGAUUCAAGUUUCAACUUUGCAAACAGUUCCUUUAACUUGGCAAAAGAAGAUGAUGAAAGACACGACUCUCAAGAGGCAACGGCCAAGCAUGUGAUGCUGAAGCAGCGACACCGUUUUGAUUCAUCAGAUUCUUUUGAUAUAUCCAAUAUAUACCAUUUUUGUGAUUCAAAGGCAACUGAUGAAGCAGAUGCUCUAGCAAGUAAUCCUGUAAGGGCUGCUUUCAAACAAAGGGAGAAGGUUGAAUUUUCUGGACCGUUAUUGUCUCAGUCAUAUAAAAUUGAUGAACUCUUGCAAAGGAAUGAAAGUCAGAUACGCCAAGCAGCUCGCAGAUCAAGGUUGGAUAGAGAAAUGUGAGGCAUGAAUUCUCCAAGAAGGCAGUGCUCAUGCAAAUUACUAACUUGGGACGUAGUCGGCAGGUGGACUUGGCCUGUGCUUGGGUCUCAUGGUGCUUUCAACUUAUUGGAGAAAUUAAACAGCCUCUAGCUGACAUACUGGUGGUACCUGCCUUUAGGUUUGAGUUAUGUGUUCAUAUCUAUUGUAUUUAGGAUUAGGAACAAAAGUUUUUAAAUUUGUAUUGUAUAAUGGACAGAUCACAUAGGAAAACAAAAAUCAAGAUCAGGUAUAGGAGAGAGUGACACAAAUUUUCAAACCCAACAAAAUCCAAGGGGGAAAAACAAAAGAACUACAACAAAUGAUGCUUGAUAUGAUACUCACUGUCUAAUUCUUUA